AUGCCAGACCUCAGAGAGGCAACAAACCAUCUCGCCCCUCUGAGCCUCCCUGCCCAAAUCAGUCUGUACUUCCCUGGUAGGGAUGGGCGUCUUGGAUGGCAGGACUCGCCUGAGCUCCCGGUCAUUCGUGCCGAACGUCGUCGUCUCCGGGACUGGUUAUCAACCAACAUCCCGAUUCAGUGGGGUAAGCGAGUCAGGAAAGUCGAGCACGACGAUGAAGGCGUCGCCGUCGUCUUCGAAGAUGGUAGCAGGGCCGAAGGAGACAUCCUUGUCGGUGCCGACGGAAUCAAGAGCGUCGUUCGAGAGUAUCUACUCCAGCGAUCCAGCGAUGAGCUGCUGAAGCUUGUUCCCCUCGCCGCCAUCGUAGGAGAAGUGGACCUAUCCGGGGAAGCAUUCAAGCGGCAGCUUCAACUCGGUCACAGCGCGUAUGUCUUCGUCAGCCCAGACAUCGGGUUCUGGAACUUCGGAGGCCUGCAUCAUGCCUAUCCCGAUGGACGGUCGGGCCGCCACUACUGGAUGUUCAUGGAGUCGGACGCUCAUGUUGCCGACGCCGACCACUGGCUCCAGACCGCCACCCAAGAUGAAAAACUGGACUAUGUGUUAAAGAAGGUGGCCAAGAUGCCUCCGAAAUUCCGUGAGGUCUUUGAAGCCACGCCUGCGAGUGGGAUCAAGAAGGAGCCGCAUAUCUGGCGCGAUCUGGAGCUCGAAAAUGUCCCGGCGGGAAGGGUCAUUCUGAUGGGAGAUGCGGCACAUGCGAUGACCCCGUUCCGAGGAGAGGGAGGCCAUCAUACAUUUAUUGAUGCGAUGCAGCUGUCCCAGGUGCUGGGGAAGGUGAAUGAAAGGGAUAUUGAAUCAAUCAAAGCUGCGGUCGCCGAAUACAAUGCCGAAAUGCUGGAGCGAGGGGUCGAGGCGGUGCGAAACUCGAGGACGGAACAGGCGGCGAGGAAGAGUGAGGAACGCAAGUCGAACAGCCAGUCCCCCGCCACCUUGCCCAAACCGCUUCCUGAGGUUGAAAUUGUCCUCGGUUAG